CGUGACCAUUACCUGCGCGCCUGCGCUACACAUUUCCUUCCACCAUGACAAGAUGGCGGGCGAAUCUUUUUUUGGAUUCAACACGCAAAUGCCAUCUUUCGAAGACGAGGAAUUAGAAAAACUUGACCCCACUUUGAAGAACUUGGAUGAUGACUAUGAUUUGCUUAACGAAGAUACUUUUGGCUCCGGAGCACUAGAGGAUGACUGGGAGAUUGCGCACAAGAAGCUUGCAGGUAUUGACCUUGACAAAGCAACAAAUCAAUCCUUAGUCAGCAAGAACGAGCACUGUCGUCAGAAAGUGGGCGUGACUGAAGAUGAUGAUGAUGAUGAGGCUAACUUGGAACAGGAAGAGGAGAUUCUCGAGCAGACCCUGGCUAAGUUGGUUGAUGAGGAUGAUGAUACCCCUAAGCCAUACACAUCAUCUGGAUAUAAGGAUAUUCCCCCUAUGCCAUCUGCUUGGAAUGGGUCUUCUCCAUUAUCCAGCCCGACAUCAGCCACAUCUCUACAAGAACUGAUUUCUCCUUCUUCUAACAUCUGGGCUUCCCCUGAUCGUGUUAACAAAGAACGGGUUGUUGAUGCAUUGUCAGGCAAUCGGGUCCCAUAUGACAGAAAACACACCCCUGGCCGACGCCCUUACUCUCCAGCAUUUGAGGAUGAUGCUAUUAUCAAAGCUAUGCCAAAGCCAGAAAACCUCCUACCUCCUAGCAGCUUUAUCAAAAAGCCACCCGUCAACGCUAUUCGCCUUGAAGACCUUGAAAAGGAGUUCUCCCAUAACACUCCACCAAGAGCCCAAGUAGAUCCUAGGAUAGCAACACCCUCUUCAGGCAGAAUCAGACCGCCACCUGGAAUACCACACCCAUUAAUGACACCCCAGGGCUACAUGCAAGGUUCGACGUCACCCAACAUUAUGCAGCGCACUCCACAGGGACAAGGCAUGGUUAGGGGGCAGCCACACCCAAUGAUGACACCUCAGAGGCCACCAUCACCUAACAUGAUGCGUCACACCCCUCAGGGGCCUGUCAUGCAGCAGCAUCGACCCUAUCCAAUGCCCCCUCAGAUGUUCCAAGGCCGGCAGAUGGCAGGCAAGCACCCCCUUCCCAGUAUGGGCAGCCCAAUACAGGGCUUUAUGCGCACCCCUCCACCGCAGUUCCAGAGGCCGCCUGUUCCCAUGAUGCACUCUGAUCCAGCGCACUUGAUGCACCAUGGUAACAUGAUGAACUACCAGAUGAACCAGCGACACCGCUACUCAACACCUCAGCCACACCCCAAUCAAUACAGGAACUUCCCAAACAACCGCAACCAGUACGACCGAAACUUCCAAGACAGGCGUGGCCAUUACCUUGAUGACAAUCGUCACGUCCACCAACAGACGGACUUAGAGAAGAAGAUCCAUGAGAUACUGACAUGUGAUGAGCAUAUGGCAGCGCAUGAUCCAUAUGCUGGGUUAAUGACCAGGCGAGAGAAAGAGUGGAUCAUCAAAAUACAGUUGUUGCAGCUAACAAGUAGCAUGCCAGAUCUGGAUGACUUUUAUUUCCAGACUUACAUCAGACGCAAGCAGGCCAAAGAGAGGGCUAAACAGGGUGAGAUGCGAGAUGGUGAAAACACAACACAGAUGGCUCUACCGCAGUUUCAAAGAGAAGAGAGGAACUAUAAGCCAUUGGAUUUCCAAGGAACUCUUGGAAAGGUCUCUGCUUCAUCUGUAUCUCAUCCAAGACAGAUGGUUGCUAUCGACCACAUCAGCAAGGCUUCAGAACAGGAUAAGCAGUCCAGCUCAUCAACAAAAGACAUCAAACGUCGACGUCAGAUAUUAUCAGCCAUUGAGAAGGCUUAUGAGUACCUACUCCAACUGGAUGAUCUAGAACGGAAGAUAACACACGUCCAUCCAGAAGAAAGGAAUUCUCUACUGGAGGCGCAACAGUCCACUGGUCUGAAGCUUUUCAACCUGCUAAAGCUCAACAUUCGCUCAGAGUCUAUAGGGGGAAAAUGCGAUGAGGAGUACUUUGUGCAGUUGAUGUCAGUGAGGAAAGGCAAGGUGCUACUAAGUCGUGUGCUACCAGCCUUGAAGCAGCCCCAAGCGGAGGCAGUUCUGCUGGCAUUAACACGGAAUGUCAUUUCUGUUAUUAAGAAAGAUAGCCAAGAUGAGGUUUUACCGCUGUUAAUCACUCCUGUGUCACGUGUCGUGGACCAAGGAUCAUCAGCAGUACUGUACGAGUCUCUCCGGCACAUGGUCUAUGCAGACGACACCUCAGCACUUCACACCAUUCUACCUAAUCAAUUCGGCGCUAGUCUAUUAAACUCUCUUCUGAAGUCGUGCUCUUCACUCUCAAGUUCAAUGGACGAAAGCAUGGGUGACUUCCAUCAGUUAUGGGAAAAGUUAGUAAGUGAUGUUGUCAAGGAGUUCCACAGUGUUCCUGUCACUCUGCUUGCCAAGAAUGUGCUAGCAAUUACUCCCUUUGUGGGAACGCUGUGUGAAUGUACGAGUCCCGAUGUUUCGACAAGCUUACAGGAACACUAUAGGAAUGCUAUUCUAACUAAAGAAGAAUCAAAGAAGUAAAGGCGCACAAGUAGAUAUCGGAAUGUCAAGAUAGGUCAACAGAUUUGUAGUAAUGUAACAUUGUGAUGUCAGCGUGACGGAAGGUAAGGAACCUCGCAGACGUCAAUCGCAUAGCAAGUUCAUGAGAUGUUUAGAUAAAGAUAUAGACCGUUAUGGAGCCAAAUUUAAAAUUCAACCUUCAUGUAUAGCGGGCUUUCAUCCAGCUGCGAUCUUCGAUAGAAAGGGUACUUUUCAAAGUCGCGGUUUCAAUAGUUUGCCUCAGUCAAAAUCUAAAUGUGGUCCUCUUGGCGUCAACCUCUAUUAAUAUAUACAGCUGAUUCCCUUUAACUUGGGCCUUCAUGAUGAGUCAAAUUGUUUGGAAAAAUGGAGCUCGAGCUAUCAAGGGUCUAGAAAAUCAGUAUUCACUUCGAUAAAGAAAGAUGCUUUAUUUCUGUACAAUUCGAGUGAUCGUAAUUCAUCUGUAUUUAGAAAUACCAAUGGUACGAAUCUUUAUAAUCGUUUCGUAUGUAUCUUUAUGUGGUCGCAACGAUGCAAGUAUAUUUCAAACAUGCCUAAGGUAUCAUGGCCAAUGAAUUUCUUGCAUGGUUUCGCCCCCCCAAAAAAAAACAUUUAACUGCACAAAGCAAGACAUUGAUUGGCCAGGGGUUGUUUUUAGUGACAACCUAGAUCAUAGACGCAUUAUACCCCGCAGCUCUAGAUUAUGAAGUAUUGUCACUUCUUCCUUUUGCUUUUAUAAAAUGUCUCUUUUGUUCAAGGUGAUAACAUUUUGAAAUACCAUAAGUUUUAACAGAACUUAGAAAUGAUUAUCUGUUAUUAAAUUCUCUGUACCAAUACGUUUGGAAAGGAAUAAUAAGGUUAAGAGGUUGUAAUAUGAACAAGUUAGUCUAUCCGAAAUUUAUAGGAACAAUAAAUGCACAAAAAUGAAUGUUUUCGAUUUUCAGGAGAAUCUUAUAUUUAUUUACCUUUCGAAUUUCAUAAAAAUAGCACAGGAAAAAUGAGUGACAUCUAAGUAGCAUAUUUGUGCGGGUCUAAAAUAUACAGUAACAUGUACAGCAUAAAGCUCGAGCUAAGUAGAUAUCAAACGUUGCUUACUGAAAUAACACUUCUAACAGUGUUUGUAAAAAUGCCUACCCAGAACGGCGUAAAUCCCCCCUGUGUUUAAUGUUACAUUGACUUUGGAGAGAAUGAACGAAUGUAAUACGAACUAUAACUGAAUUUUGAAAAUAAAUUCGACUUUUCUA